ACCCCCCCCCCCCCAUCCCUCCCCUUUCCUCUGGCCACGCUCGGCUCCCCGGGGCCCUCCACCACCCCCUGCCCUCCCUUCUCCUCUCCCCUCCUUCCAGUUUCUCCUUCGUCCCAUCGCAGUCCCCUCGGGCGGGUGAGGAGCACCCAGAGCCUUCUGCCAUGGGGCAGCCGUGCCCCCACCUGCUGCUGCUGCCCGGCUGAAGGGAGCAGCCCGGGAGCGGGGGAACCAUGAGCGGGGGCAGGUUCGAUUUCGAUGAUGGAGGUGCCUACUGUGGCGGAUGGGAAGGGGGCAAAGCCCAUGGGCACGGCAUCUGCACCGGCCCCAAGGGGCAGGGCGAGUACUCGGGCUCCUGGAACUACGGCUUCGAGGUGGUGGGCAUCUACACAUGGCCCAGCGGCAACACCUACGAGGGCUACUGGUCCCAGGGCAAGCGGCACGGCCUGGGGAUCGAGACCAAAGGACGGUGGGUGUACAGGGGUGAGUGGACCCACGGCUUUAAGGGACGGUACGGCGCGCGGCAAAGCAUGAACAGCGGAGCCAAGUAUGAGGGUACCUGGAACAACGGCCUGCAGGAUGGCUACGGCACUGAGACGUACGCAGAUGGAGGAACCUACCAGGGCCAGUUCACCAAUGGCAUGCGGCACGGCUACGGCGUGCGGCAGAGCGUGCCCUACGGCAUGGCUUCUGUGGUGCGCUCCCCGCUGCGCACCUCCCUGUCCUCCCUGCGCAGCGAGCACAGCAACGGCACGCUGCCGCAGCAGGACUCCCCCGCCGCCCACCCCGAGAGCCUGCCCGCCUCGCCCACCAUCACCCGCGGCGGCUUCGCCCUCAGCCUCUAUGCCGACGCCGAGGCCGGCAAGGUGAAGAAGGGGGGGCUGUUCCGCAGGGGCUCCUUGCUGGGGAAGCUGAAGAAGUCCGAGUCCAAGUCGUCGUUGGCCAGCCAGAAGAGCCGCGUCAGCUUCCUCAAGAGCGAGAGCGGGAUCAGCUCGGCCGCCAGCGAUGCCACCUCCACCGCCAGCCUGGGCGAGGGAGCGGAGGGAGAGGAGUAUCCCCCCUUUGAGUCCGACAUCGACGCCACCACCACCGAGACCUACAUGGGCGAGUGGAAGAACGACAAGCGCUCGGGUUACGGAGUCAGCGAGCGCUCCAGCGGGCUCAAGUAUGAGGGUGAGUGGCUGGACAACCUGCGGCACGGCUACGGCUGCACCACGCUGCCCGACGGCAAGAAGGAGGAGGGCAAAUACCGCCACAACGUCCUCGUCAAGGGCAUGAAGAAACGUGUCAUACCUCUGAAGAGCGCCAAGAUCCGGCAGAAGGUGGAUCGGAGUGUGGAGGGGGCCCAGAGGGCAGCAGCCAUCGCCCGGCAGAAGUCAGAGAUCGCGGCAUCCAGGACUACUCAUGCCAAAGCCAAGGCUGAAGGCUCUGAGCAGGCAGCUCAGGCAGCUAACAACGAGUCGGGCAUAGCCAGGAUGAUGGCCAGGGAACUUUCCCCAGACUUCUACCAGCCAGGCCCCGAGUAUCAGAAGCGGAGGCUGCUGCAGGAGAUCAUGGAGAACGCAGAGCACGCCGUCAACAUGGAGGAAGCGACACCCCCUCAGCCCAAGGGCGCCCCGCCACCCCCAACGCCCCCCGAGAGCCCCCAGCUGCACGAGCAGGACGAGGCUCCCCGCCGCCGCAGCCCGGCCCCGAGUCCCGCCGCCACCCCUCCGGAGGCCAAGCGGGCCAAAGCACAGCAGGAUGGAGCCCCGCGACCUGGCAGCUGGGCCGGGCCGGGCGGCGGCGGGGCCUCCGAUGGCGAAGGCCGUCCGGCCUCACGUGGAGCAGCAGCACGGCCUGCGGAGCAGAUGGAGAUCCGGCCGCUGCAGCGCAUGGCGCGCGAGCCCGACGUCGAGCACUACAAGGGCUACCACAGCUACGCCGUCAGGACACCCCCGGUCUCCCCCGCUGCGGACUAUGAGGAGGAGCCUCUCUCUGAGCAUGAGCCGCCAUCCCCGGAGCCCCAGGGAGAGCCUCGGAGGCGCGGGGGCACCCCGGUGCAGACGCAGGAGCCCGCGGAGAGGCACGCGCCCCAGGCGGAGGCCAAGGCGGAGCAGCCGCAGCCCAAGGAGCUCAAGCAGCCCAGGCGGCGGCCCAGCCCUGAGCGCAAGGCAGUGAGCAGGAGCGAGCCCGCUGCCGACAGAAAGACUGAGGGCCGGGCGCCGGGCCGGGCGGAGCACAAGGCGGGGGCCAAGCGGAGCCCAGCCCCGGUGGCGGUGGUGGCAGCAGCGCAGGAUGCGGAGGAGGGUGACGAGGGACCUAACACAAUUGUGAUCUGCAUGGUCAUCUUACUGAACAUUGGUCUAGCCAUCCUAUUUGUACAUUUUUUGACAUGAGGUCCCCUUCAGACAAGGCAUUGCUGCUCACUGAGACCAUGGACCUUGGUGGGGAUUAAAUCUCAGUCAUCUGGAAACACCUAUGAGGAGGACUUGAGAUCCCAAGGUUGCACUGCAAACAUGAACCUUAAGUAAAAGUACCUGAAGAUCCUCCGUUCAGUCUCCCUGCUCCCAGGCUGUGGCUGGCCUCUGCAAUCUACCAAGAAAAAGUCAGAAUUUCUACAACUUAACCUCCUUCUCUUCUUUGUAUAAAGUAGCAGUUGCCUUAAAUUAUUCUCACCAAAGCCAUCUACUGCCCUGUCGUGCCAGGGAUGAGGAAUUUAUCUUUAGCUGUAGGAAAAUGAGUGAGAAGGUCUCAUCCACACACUGUGAUGUGUUUUGUAAUUCUCUUGGUUGACUUGAUGUUGGAGAUUUCCCAGAGAAUAUCAUCCAUGGCCUGGAAAUGCAACAAUGUGCAACAACCAAAAUGACACCUGAGAGCCGUGCCACGGCUGGGGCUGGACAGCGUCUGCCUCCACGCUUGUGUGUCAUCCAAAGGGACGAGCAGAAUGUCUUUCCUUUCCCCAUCAUCUGGAGGCGUUUUCCAUGUAUGGAGGACUGAGGGGGGAGCAUGUUGACAUUGGGCUUGGUGAAGUGUGACCUGCCCAUGCCUGCCGAUGAGCUGCGGUUGGGGCAGCAGGUGGGGUGUGAGGGGCUGGCUGGGGCCAGGCUGCCGGUGAGCCCAGAGGUGCUGCAGGUGCAGACGGUGCUCAUUUCUGGACUGGGCGCCAUCCGAGCUCUCUCCUGCCACCAGCAAUGCUCUGUGUGAAAGCGUCUUGCAGCGGGUGACUUCCCACUGUAACGGGAAAGGAAAUCAACGUGCAGAAUUUGCCCCUUUACCCUUUUUUUUUUUUUUUCCCCUAUGAAAAUGGUGCGAGUUACAAUUAAAAGGAGGUACUUACUGAACAAUACCCCUGGAUAACCACAGGUUCCUCCUCCUCGUAGCGCUGAGCUGUGAGGGGGCUUCAGUGCUGCUUUUUGACCGGAACAGAGCAGGCAGCCUUUCCUAGCAGAGCAUGCAGGUUGGCUGUCAUGGGAGAGGUGAAGUUAUUCCUGAAAGGAGAAAGGUGCAGAGAUCCGAGUGACUCCAGUGUGUUUGGGCAUUGGGCUCAAAACUACGCAGCAGCCAGGCUUUCAGCAAUGGCAGAGCACAGAGGGGCAAUAGAGCAGUUGUUCUUGUGUGCCAGGCUUAAAGGCCCAGACAGUUUGCACCAGUUCUUCCCAAAGCUGCAAUAGAGAGUGACCUUUGGAAGGAGAUGUUGCCACUGUGAUCUGCUCUGAUCCUUAGCAGUGCGAGCUUAGAAAGUCGGCACAGAUGAAGUUACAGUUUGGUGUGAGGCUGAGUGCUUGGACAUGUUUCUUCCUUCUUUUAAGAGCAAUAUGUAUUUUGUAUCUAUUUUUAAGUUAAUCGGAAAUGUUAUUUAUAGUCGGUUGUGCACCUCUGUGUAUUCUGAAGUCUCACAGCACAGGACUGGGUGGGAAAACCUGAGGGACUGGGAAGAACGUGGAAAUGAGGGUUGAGGGAAAAAAACAGAUGGCCAGUCUGCUCCAAAGGUCACUCUGAAAGGAUUUCAGAGGCAAAUGGCAGACAGGCAGGAGUUUACACUGACUGGAGACACAGGGCAAAACCCGCCUAAUUUAUGUACUCUAAUUAUGAUAUAAGAGAGUGAGAAUAAUUCAGUACUUUUCUUUGUGAACCAAGUUUAUUUUUUAACCUUAUUCAGCUCAGGAACGUUGCCACAGUAGCAAGUACAUGGUGUUCACUGUGGGAGAAGUGAAUGUGAUCCCUUCCUGAAAGCUAUGUGGCUGUACCAGUCCUGAGAAAGCUGUGCAGCACCAUCAACACUUCCACAGAGCAUAGUUUAGUAGCAAUUUGCUUCUUUCUUUCUUUCUUUUUCUUUUCUGAAAUAUAAAUGUAUUGCAAACCCCAGGCUCUGCUGCCUUUGGCAUUUUCUCCUUGUUCAUCCUCUCAAUACGUCAGCUGCUUUUAUUAGCUACAAAGACAAUUUCCGUUGAGAGACCUGAGGGGCUUUUAUUUAUCACUAAGCACAAAGGGUCCUUUUUCAACAGUGUUAAGAUUACCCCCUCCCUCCCUCCCCAAUUUUUUAUGCAUGUGAUGUGCACGGUAAUGUGCUUUCCUCCUAUUAACAUUCUGAGAACAGUAGGUAGAUUUGCUUUAUGUGACGUACAGAUAUAUCCGUAUUGCACUGAUAUGGAUAUAUAUAUACACAUAGAUAUGUAGCCCCUUAGGGAUUUCGUUUUCUUAGAUGCAAAAUAACAGAUUUACCUCAAUUUGCGUGCUUUCAAAACCAAAUAGGAUAAUUGUGUUAUACUUUUCAGGUCUUACGAAGAUGCAGAUAUGUUUCACUCCUCACACAAAAAUACCUUCAUCACAGAUUUUGCAAGCUGUGUACUACAAUCCGUGUACUGCUGUCCAGAGUUUUCUGUCGGUUGUUCUGCUGGAUUAUGUGCAAUAAUAAACAGUUAUCUGCUCACUGUA